CCUACACCCUUUCAUGGAAAUGUAAUGGCUUCUGUCUAGGUGCUGUAAAUAAAAAAUCCUUGGCUUGAUAAUCAUCUGCGUUAAAUAUCGCUACCACAGAUUUUACAAGUUAAUUUUAUCCACAAAUUCUUAGUUACUCAUCUUCAGCUAGGGUUGAAAUGGAUGUUUCUGAUUCCAUUAAACAUGAUCAUUCAUGCUUGGGUCUUUGCUAGUUUUGGAGACUCCAACUAUGAGAAGAAAAUUUUGUGAAAUCACUACAAAUUGAUGUAGUUGGUCAAAUCCCUCCCUGCCCUGUCCUUAAACCCAGCACUGGUGACACUCAGUUAAUGUUGAACCGAAGAAAGUGGAGAAUGAAGUACAGCUAUAGGGCAAUGAGGAAGCAUAGCUCCCUCUUGUGUGUGAAGUCAGAAGGAACCAUUGAAAGGAAAAGAACUCACUCAUUCAGAUAGUCCUUUGUUUGGUACAUGUCCAGAACCUGAUUACUAUCUGCUGUGUACAACUUGGAAGGAGAGGGGAUGCAACAAUGGGAAGACAAAACCUCUUCCCUCCAGGAGCUUAGAGUCUAAUGGGAAGACAGAUGUUCAGACAGUUACGGUACCAUGUAGUGGUUGUGAUCAUGGAGGUAUGUCCAAAAUGCAAUUAGAAUGUUAGAGGUGGGAACAUCCAGAUUGGCCCGAUGGCGUCAGAGGAACCUUCACAGAAGAGGUAACACAAGCUGAGACCUGAAGAGUGGAAAGCAGUUUGCCAAAAGGAUGAGAACAUUCUAGGCAUAUAAAAGGAAAUAGUAUUACAAGGGCAUUGAAGCUUGAAAGAGCACGUCAUGUUGAGGGAGAGGCAAAUAGUUCAAUAUUGUUAGAGAUUUUGCUGAGCAAAAAAUGAAGAUGAACAGCUAAGUGGGACCAGAUCAUGACAGACUUUAUGUGUGAUGAUGAGGUUAGAUUUUCCCAGAAAUCAUUACGAGCAGGGAAGUAAAAUGAUUAUGUUUGCUUGUUUAAAAAAAAAUUAUUCAGCCAGCAGGCAAGGGAUGAUGAAACUGAAUUAAGGCAGAGGCAGUAAGGAUGGAAAUGUGCAAAUGGUUUCAAGAAUAUUUAGGAGGUAAAAUGGCCCAGGUCUCUGUUUUAUUUAAUUGAUGGGGUGGUGAGGCCACCAAAGAGAGAAAGGAUAAAAAGCAGGAUAGGAACAAUGCAUUUAGUUUUAAAAAAAACCUGUUAAAUUUGAAGCAUCAGUGGAACACCCAAGUGAAAAUGUUCACUGGGCAGUUGGCCUUUUGAGUUUGGAGUCCAGGUAGGAAACCUACCUGGAGAGGUAGACUUGAGAGACAUCAGCCAUGGCAAUGGAUGACAUUGCCCAGGGAAUCUUGCAGAGUGAUAAGAGAAGAGAGCCAAAACAUUAUCCUGGAGAGCGUCGACAUUUAAGAGCGAGGAAGGAGACAGGAGACCCAAGAGACUAUGGUGGCAUGGAGGCCCAUGGAGAAGUUUGAGGAAAGAGGGAGUGGUCCACAGUGUCAGAUACCACAGAGAGGUCAAGAAGGAUGAAACGUGAAAACUGCCCUUUGUCUAUAACGCUUAGUGGCUUAACGGGAAGGUGGAGAUGGGGAGAAGCCAGGUUGCAAUGGCCUGAGGAGAUAAGAGUGUGAAAAUAGCUGUAGAGACUCUUCUUUCAAAAAAGCCUGGCCGUGAAAGGGAGAGAGUCAGAUAGGGUAGUAGCUGGAGCGGACCCAGAGGUGUCAAGAGAGAGGGUUCUUUUUGUUUUCUUAAAAUGGGAGAAAUUUAUGCAUAUGCUUGUGGGAAGGAACCGGCAGAGAAAUGGAAGCUGAAAGACCGUGGAGGGUAAAAGAAAACUGGUGAGAAGGUGGUGGAGAAGGUGGGCAGGACUGGGAUGCAGAACCCAAGAGGAUGGAUUUGCAGCACUGGAGAAAGAAGGAACACCUGUUCCCCUGAGAUGGAGGCGGCAAUUGAACAGUUAAGGGAGGAAAAAAAAAAAAAAAAAAGCAAAAACUUCAUGUAAAAAUGAGACUCAGAGGUUAUGUGACUUGCCCAAAAGACAGGACUAAUAACUAAAUGUGUCUUCUGUCUCUUUGUCUGAUACCAUGCUAUCCCCAGCAGUAGCACAGGGAGGUGGCCAGCUUGGAAGGAGAGGGGCAGGCUGGGAGCUGGGGAGUAUUGUAGGAGAAUCACAGCAUACUGAACUAGAAGGGACUUGGAUAUCCAAUUACAGAUGAGGAAAUGAGGGUCAGGGAAGUUGUCACUUGUGUGUCCAGUGUUAUAGAAUUAGUCAAUGAAGAACUGAAACUAGACCCAGAACCGAUUCCAGCCCAGGGCUCUCUUUCUCCAAGGAUCGCAGAAAGAGAUAAAUGAAGUAAUGAAAUGACCCUUCCCUCCCAACCUGGUAGCUUCAAUUUAUUGAUAUUACUCUGUUCCAGGCACUAUUCUUAGCAUUUUACAUACACAAUCUCAUUUCGUCCUCACAGUGAGCCUAUGACAUAGACAUUAUUAUCCUCAUUUUUCAAUAAAGCGAAGUCUCUGUACAGGUUAAGUGACUUGCAAGAGGCAGGGGCAGAACCUAGGGCCGCGUGACUCCAAAGCUGCUUCUCUCACUAUAUUGCUCAACAAGGCCCCACAGGGUCAGACUAUAAGCUAUGGAACCUCCUGGGAAAACUGAGACCUGGUACAGAUCACACUUAGGGAAAUGAGCAGAGCCGGGAUCAUUGAUUCUAAGAUGCAUUUUUCUCUACUCUUCAUUGGGGUGUGUCUUACAAGCCAAUGGCUAUCACAGUUUAAUUGACAGCAUUGUUCUUUCUUUGUGGCACAUAAAAUAAUAGUAUCUUGCAUCUAUUCUGCCUAAGACUUAACAAAAUAUGGUAAGCUCAGGUACCAUUUUCCAAUCUUCUGUCUGCAAAGGGAAGAUGGAGGCCAAACUAGCUGAGAUCAGGGGAGGGGCAGAAAAGACCAAAGCCAAAGUCUGAGCUGAAACGAGGCCAGGGGAUUUAAGUAGAAGAGAAGGGCCAGUGUUGGUGAUGUGUGGGGCAGAAGGCCACCUGGCCCCAGCACUGUGCCUGGUGGAAGACAAGUGACCCUUCAGUGCUUACCGAGGUGAAUUCAGUUAAGCGUAAUUUGUUCUGGAGUUGCUGGAACAGCAGCCAGGGUGCUUGAGAAAGCUGGACAGACCAGUGCGGGCGGUGCCAGGUUUGGGAAUCAGCCCUCUGAUGAUGUAGUUGUCUGGUCUUUGUUCCUUUGGGGACUGUGGAAGAAAACCAGUCUUUUUGUAACCUGUAUUAUCUUUCACCCUUAUGCCUUCGCUUGAUAGUAAAUACAGCACUUUUUAUGUUCUGUGAUCUCUCUGCCUGUGCUGUAGGCCUGAGGGAGAUAAAAGAGAAUUAUAUUUCUUAAGACAGUCCCAGAGGAAGCAGAGAAACCCCCAGGGUAGUGGCAGUGCUGAUUUAAGGGACCUGGGGGUUAGGGACCACAGGGCAACAGAGAGUGAUUGCCAAGGCACUGAAAUGUCAGCUCCCGCGAAGAGGGACCUGGUCUGUUGUAUUCUCUGCUCCGUCUCCAGCUCCAAGAACAGUGCCUGGUACACACACGACACGCCUUAAUACCUGGUGUUCUACGCAGCCUCUCCAUCCGCCGCAACCCUCACCAAAAUGGCUGCUUUGGGACACACGUUCCCCUUCUAUGCUGGCCCCAAGCCGACUUUCCCAAUGGACACCACCUUGGCCGUCAUCAUCACCAUCUUUCUGACAGCACUGGUCACCUUCAUCAUCAUCCUGCCUGGCAUUCGGGGCAAGAUGAGGCUGUUCUGGCUGCUGAGGGUGGUGACCAGCUUAUUCAUCGGGGCUGUGAUCCUGGCUGUGAAUUUCAGUUCUGAGUGGUCUGUGGGCCAGGUCAGCACCAAUACGUCAUACAAGGCAUUCAGCUCUGAGCGGAUCAGUGCCAACAUUGGGCUACAGGUCGGGCUGGGAGGAGUCAACAUCACGCUCAGAGGGACCCCAGUACAGCAGCUGAAUGAAACCAUCAAUUACAACGAGGGAUUCACCUGGCGCCUGGGCGAGAACUAUGCUAAGGAGUAUUCAAAGGCACUGGAGAAGGGGGUGCCCGACCCUGUGCUCUACCUGGCUGAGAAGUUCACCCCGAGCAGCCCAUGUGGCCUGCACCACCAGUACCGCCUGGCAGGACACUACACAUCAGCCACGCUGUGGGUGGCAUUUCUCUGCUGGCUGCUGACCAAUGUGAUGGUGUCCAUGGCUGUGCUGGUCUAUGGUGGCCACAUGCUGCUGGCCACAGGCAUAUUCCAGCUGUUGGCACUGCUCUUCUUCUCCAUGGCCACUUCACUCACCCCACCCUGUCCCCUGCACCUGGGCACUGCCAUACUGCACACCCACCAUGGGCCUGCCUUCUGGAUCACAUUGGCCACAGGACUGCUGUGUGUGUUGCUGGGCCUGGCCAUGGCUGUGGCCCACAGGAUGCGGCCCCACAGGCUAAAGGCUUUCUUCAACCAGAGUGCAGAUGAGGAUCCAGUGCUGGAGUGGAGUCCUGAGGAAGGGGGACUCCUGAGCCCCCGCUACCGAUCCAUGGCUGAGAGUUCCAGGACCCAGGACAUCCCCCUGUCACGGGCUUCCUCUGAGGCGUGCUGUGAGGAGGAGCACUCUAAGGAGCCUGACUGUGCCCUAUGACAUUCUUCUGAUAGCCACCUGGACUUCUGACUGGGCUCCAGACCUCAUUACCCGCCCCCCAAAAAAGAUGAAACCCUUUGGCAUCCAGUUGAUUCUGACUCGUAGCAAGUCUAUAGGACAGGGUAGAACCGCCCCAUAGUUUCCAAGGAACGCCUGGUGGAUUCAAACUGCCAACCUCUUGCUUAGCAGCUGUAGCUCUUAACCACUACACCACCAGGUUUUCCUCUUUGGAGCCCCAGAAAAGCACCAGAGCCACCCACAAGUGGGUGUAUCAGGCACCCAGCUCCAAUCUGUAGGUGGGUAGAAAGAGGGGGCUUCAUGCACUGAUGCUAUAAAAGAAAAAAAGCCCCGAGGUGCUGUACAGACAUUCAGGAAGCACAUAACCCUGUUGCAUGGUCAGGACCAGGCAGGGAGCUGCCCAAGCUUCUUGCACACAGCAAGCCUACCUUUUCUUGAUGCUGUGCCUCUUUGAGUGCCCUUGACAUUCACUGAAGCCCAGCUUCACCCACAUAAGGUAUGUGUGUAGGGGGGUUACAGUGUGAUUUUCCUUUGGUCCUUCUCAUCCCUCUACACCCUGUUUCCCUUUUUCCUGGGCCUGUUUUGUUCUUCCUUUAUUUCUAUGCCUGGUGUGACCUCUAGGUGCAAUGAAAGACAGCACCGUGUCAAGAGACCUAACUUCUCCUCCCAGGUCAAACGUUAACCAGCUGUGCCACCUUCUCUCUGAGCUCACUUUCGGGAUUUGCCAAAUAAGAUUGUAACCCUUGCCAAGGAUCUAAAAAACUCCAGGAUUUACAUUUUUAUGCCUUGCUGACAUCUGCCUAGGCCCUUACACACCACCGCAAAAGGAGCCAAGUGUGAGGAGUUCCUGAAUAAACUUCAAAACUCAAUUCCUCCCCAGUCCGACCCUCAGCGGGGAGAGUGAGCGUCAGCUCCGGUCGUACCCCUAGGGUCCCCCACUAGAGGGCGCCCCGUCCCAGAGCAGUUCCUGGAUUACGCCGGAUUCUCCUAACCCAGAAAACCCUUUCCCUCCGGCUUUGCAGAAAGGCAAA